CGGGCGGGCGGGCGGCGGUGUCGGCCGGGCCCCCUCUCCCGCUGCAAGCCCCACCUUUCGGCUUUCCCGCACCGUCAAUCAAAAUAGGAAAAAAAACCCCGGAGUAGGCUCGGGCCGCCGCCGCCGCUUCAGCCCGUGAGCACAAUAAGCAUGUCCCCGGCGGCGGCCGCCUAGCCUGGCCCGCAGGGCCUGCGCGCCAGCCAGCCGGCCCGCCCGCCGUCCGCCCCGCCAGCCGGCCGCUCGCACCCGCACCAUGACCGCUCCCGAGCAGCCCGUGAAACAAGAGGAAAUGGCUGCCUUGGACGUGGACAGCAGCGGCCACGGCGAGUACCUGCAGCACGGCAACGGCAACGCCUCGGCCUCCGCCGCGGCGGCCGCCCCCCAGGACGCGCAGCCGUCACCGCUCGCUCUGCUGGCGGCCACCUGCAGCAAGAUCGGCCCGCCGUCGCCGGAGGAGGAUGAGGCCGCCGCCGCCGCCGCCUCUCACUCUGCCGGAGCGACAGGGGAUUUGGCUUCUGUGCAAUUAGCAGGAACUCCAAAUAGAUGGGAGGUCUUGUCUGCAGCUCCUGCCACUAUAAAGGAUGAAGCUGGUAAUAUAGUACAGAUUCCAGGUGCUGCCACAGUAACUUCAAGUGGGCAGUAUGUCCUUCCUAUUCAGAGUUUGCAAAAUCAACAAAUCUUUUCUGUUGCACCAGGAUCAGAUUCGUCGAAUGGUACAGUGUCUAACGUUCAAUACCAAGUAAUACCCCAGAUCCAGACAGCGGAUGGUCAGCAAGUUCAACUUGGCUUCGCAGCCUCUUCUGAUAAUAGCAGUAUAAAUCAAGAAACCGGUCAAAUUCAGAUCAUUCCUGGCUCUAAUCAAACCAUCAUUGCCUCUGGAUCACCUUCAACUAAUAUUCAGAAUAUCUUAUCGCAGUCUGGUCAAGUCCAGGUUCAGGGAGUUGCAAUUGGUGGUUCGUCUUUUCCUGGCCAAGCACAGGUAGUUGCUAAUGUCCCUCUUGGACUGCCAGGAAAUAUUACUUUUGUACCCAUCAAUAGUGUUGAUCUAGAUUCUCUGGGACUUGGCAGUGGUUCUCAAACCAUGACAGCAGGCAUUAAUGCAGAUGGGCACUUGAUAAAUACUGGACAGGCCAUGGAUAGUUCAGAUACUUCUGAAAGGACUGGUGAGCAAGUUUCUCCCGAAAUUACAGAAAGCGCCACUGAUAAUGACUUAUUUGUGCCAACAUCAUCUUCAUCACAGUUGCCCGUUACCAUAGACAGUUCAAGUAUAUUGGAACAAAAUGCAAACAACCUGACCACAACUAGUGGUCAAGUUCACAGUUCUGAUCUUCAGGGAAAUUACAUUCAGACAUCAGUCUCUGAUGAUACGCAGGCUCAGAAUAUUCAGGUCUCCACAGCGCAGCCAAUUGUACAACACAUACAGCUUCAAGAGUCUCAGCAGCCAACCAGUCAAGCCCAGAUUGUACAAGGUAUUGCGCAACAGACAAUCCACGGUGUGCAAGCAAGUCAGAGUAUAUCUCCACAGGCUCUUCAGAAUCUUCAACUGCAGCUGAAUCCUGGAACUUUUUUAAUUCAGGCACAAACAGUGACCCCUUCUGGGCAGAUAACCUGGCAGACAUUUCAAGUGCAAGGAGUUCAGAAUUUGCAGAAUCUGCAAAUUCAGAAUGCACCUGGUCAACAAAUAACUCUAACCCCUGUGCAGACUCUCACUCUUGGUCAAGUUGCAGCAGGUGGGGCACUGACAUCAACUCCAGUUAGUCUAAGCACUGCUCAGUUGCCAAAUCUACAGACAGUUACAGUAAAUUCUAUAGAUUCUGCUGGUAUUCAGCUGCAUCAAGGAGAAAAUGCUGGCAGUCCUGCAGAUAUUAGGAUUAAAGAAGAGGAGCCUGAUCCAGAAGAGUGGCAGCUCAGUGGUGAUUCUACAUUGAAUACCAAUGAUCUAACACAUUUGAGAGUACAGGUGGUAGAUGAGGAAGGGGACCAACCACAUCAAGAGGGAAAAAGACUGCGACGAGUAGCUUGCACGUGUCCCAACUGCAAAGAAGGUGGUGGAAGAGGCUCCAACUUGGGAAAAAAGAAGCAACACAUUUGUCACAUACCAGGGUGUGGCAAAGUGUAUGGGAAGACUUCACAUUUGAGAGCUCAUCUCCGCUGGCAUUCUGGAGAGCGUCCAUUUGUUUGUAAUUGGAUGUUCUGUGGCAAAAGGUUCACCCGCAGCGAUGAGCUUCAGCGGCACCGAAGAACACACACAGGUGAGAAGAAAUUUGUCUGUCCAGAAUGUUCAAAACGCUUCAUGAGAAGUGACCACCUUGCCAAACACAUUAAAACACACCAGAAUAAGAAAGGUAUUCACUCCAGCAGUACAGUGCUGGCAUCAGUAGAAGCAACAUCUGAUGAUACUUUGAUUACUGCAGGAGGAACAACACUUAUCCUUGCAAAUAUUCAACAAGGUUCUGUUUCAGGAAUAGGAACUGUUAAUACAUCUGGCACCAGCAAUCAAGAUAUUCUUACCAACACUGAAAUACCUUUACAGCUUGUCACAGUUUCGGGAAACGAGACAAUGGAGUAAAUAUUACACAAGAUACCUAUUAAUUGUGGUUAUUUUUAUACAGUAGUGAGAAGAAUAUUGUUCCUAAGUUCUUAGAUAUCUUUUUAUUGAUGUGCAGAAAUUUUUGGAUUGACAGUAACUUGGUUAUACAUGACACUGAAAUGCCUUACUUUGUAUGAUAUUCCAUAGUAUAUUAAAAUGGUAAAAUUGCAUGGGUUUUGUAGGUACUUUUGGAAUCUAGAAGAGAUGAAAUUUUACCAAGUUAUAUUAAAAAAAAAAAAAAAAGAAUUUAA